GAAGGUCGCAAUUGUUCAUGGAAGAGGCCGAGCGGACCUGCUAAGCUGCAUAAAAACCCUCUUGGAUUUUCAGUGGUGCAUCGACAAAGUAGUCACUUCUCUUACUAUCCCUGAAGAUGCGACUCUCUGCACGCUUUAUUGCGCUUAUACCUCUCGCCAUCCUCGCUGUGGCGUCACCCACGCCGGUGAGACGAUAUGCCAAGCGAGGGGCCCUCGAGACCAAUCUCAUCAACCCUUUUGCAGUAAAGCUCGAGACCAACCCCGUGGGAUAUUCUAGCUAUGGCGGCGGCGGUACUGGAGCAAAGAAGCGCGAGCCAGAGUCAGAAUACGCCAAGAGGGGGGACCCGGACGACGGUGAUGUCGCCAAGGCUGCUAAGAGGGGGGAUCCGGACGACGGUGAUGUCGCCGUGGCUGCAAAGAGGGGCGACGGCGACGACGACGACGGUGAUGUCGCCAAAGCUGCAAAGAGGGGCGAUGGCGACGACGACGACGGUGAUGUCGCCAAAGCUGCAAAGAGGGGCGAUGGCGACGACGACGACGGUGAUGUCGCCAAGGCUGCAAAGAGGGGCGAUGGCGACGACGACGACGGUGAUGUCGCCAAAGCUGCAAAGAGGGGCGAUGGCGACGACGACGACGGUGAUGUCGCCAAGGCUGCAAAGAGGGGCGAUGGCGACGACGACGACGGUGAUGUCGCCAAAGCUGCAAAGAGGGGCGAUGGCGACGACGACGACGGUGAUGUCGCCAAGGCUGCAAAGAGGGGCGAUGGCGACGACGACGACGGUGAUGUCGCCAAAGCUGCAAAGAGGGGCGAUGGCGACGACGACGACGGUGAUGUCGCCAAAGCUGCCUAG